AUGGUGCACACUGUACAACCACUGGCACAAAAGAUCUUUAAAGAAACUUUAGUAGCUGAACCUGUGGGCAUUUUUUGGAGCAUAUGCUUUUUUUUGUUUCAUAAGAUAAACACAAGCCAAGAUUUCAGGCAAACAAUGAGUAAGAAAUUCCCUUUCUUAUAACAAAUGUCUUAUAACAAAUCCAAUGAACAAUCUGGAAUGUAUGGGAUCAGAGAACAAGAUCAAGAAAAAUGGUUGAACAGCAAAAAUAGAAGCAGUCAUUACUUUCAGCCUCCCAUCUGA